CUUAUCUUCACAGAUCAUCUCUCUCUCUCUCUCUCUCUCUCUCUCUUCAAAGUCAUGGAGUUCAAAGCAGCUGCAUCAUCUUCACUUUCUCUCUCUAGAUCUCUCUGUCUCUCCACUCCCACCAUACUAUCUCCUUCUUCCCAGCUCCACCCUCGCUCCUACUUUCGCUUCUUUUCUCGAUCCAUCCCCAUUUUCACACAAUUCAGUACCACCCCUUCAAUUUCAACUACGUCCCCGAAUUCGAAACCCCGUCAUCUCAUGAUCGCCCGAAAUUCCAGUUCCAUCACUGCCAAGCCCUCUUCGGAGCUCCGGAAGAAACGCGCUGAUGGAGAGCAGGACGACAAGCUUCGAGCUCUCCGCGACCUCGUCUCCAAGCCCCAUGUUGGCAUCGACGCUUACAUUAUCCCUUCUCAGGAUGCCCAUCAGAGUGAGUUCAUUGCUGAAUGUUACACCAGGAGAGCCUAUAUAUCAGGAUUUACUGGUAGUGCUGGCACUGCUGUUGUCACAAAGGAUAAAGCAGCUCUUUGGACAGAUGGACGAUAUUUUCUUCAGGCUGAGAAGCAGUUAAGCUCUAGUUGGAUUCUCAUGCGGGCUGGUAAUUUGGGAGUUCCUAGCACUAGUGAAUGGCUCAAUGAUAUUUUGGCUCCUGGUUGCAGAAUUGGCAUUGAUCCUUUUCUUUUUUCUUCUGAUGCUGCAGAGGAAUUGAAAGAGGCUAUUUCUACGAAAAAUCACGAGUUGGUGUACUUGUAUGACAUAAAUCUUGUGGAUGAAAUAUGGAAAGAUUCAAGGCCAAAACCUCCUAGCAAACCAGUAAGAGUACAUGAUCUUAAAUAUGCUGGUGUUGAUGUGGCUUCAAAAUUAUCCUCCCUAAGAUCUGAACUUAAAGGUGCUGGUUCAUCUGCAAUUGUUAUCUCCAUGCUUGAUGAAAUUGCAUGGCUGCUGAACUUGAGAGGGAGUGAUGUCCCACAUUCACCUGUGAUGUAUGCAUACUUAAUUGUGGAGAUGGAUGGAGCAAAACUAUUUAUUGAUAAUUCUAAAGUCACCCCAGAAGUGAUGGGUUACUUGAAGAAUGCAGCGGUAGAUUUGAGACCAUACGAAUCGAUUCUUUCUGAGAUAAAAAGUUUGGCAAUGCAAGGGGCACACCUUUGGUUGGAUACAUCAUCUGUUAAUGCUGCUAUUGUCAAUACCUAUAAGUCUGCUUGUGAAAGAUAUUAUGGAAGCAUUGGGAAUAAAAGAAAAAAUAAUACUAUAUCGUAUGAUGGCUCCAAUGAUCAAUCUGGGGGACCUGCUGGAAUUCAUAGGACUUCCCCUAUCUCUAUGGCAAAGGCAGUAAAAAAUCAUGCCGAAUUAGAAGGGAUGCGAAAUUCUCAUUUAAGGGACGCUGCUGCACUAGCUCAAUUUUGGGCUUGGCUGGAGGAGGAAAUCCAGAAGGAUGUAGUAUUAACAGAGGUACAAGUUGCAGACAAACUUCUUGAAUUCCGUUCAAAGAAAGCUGGUUUCAUUGAUACAAGCUUCGAUACAAUAAGUGGUUCUGGUGCUAAUAGUGCUAUUAUACAUUACAAACCGGAACCAGAGAGUUGUAGUGUGGUGGAUGUAAAGAAACUCUUUCUAUUAGACAGUGGAGCUCAAUAUAUCGACGGAACAACUGAUGUAACCAGGACAGUGCAUUUUGGAGAACCUUCUGCACGGCAAAAAGAAUGUUUUACUCGAGUUCUACAGGGUCAUAUAGCUCUUGAUCAAGCGGUAUUUCCUGAAAAUACCCCUGGUUUUGUAUUGGAUGCUUUUGCCCGUUCUUUUCUUUGGAAGAUUGGACUUGAUUACCGACAUGGGACUGGACAUGGUGUAGGAGCGGCACUGAAUGUUCAUGAAGGCCCUCAAAGUAUAAGCUAUCGAUUUGGAAAUAUGACCGCCUUGCAGAAAGGCAUGGUGGUAAGCAAUGAACCUGGCUAUUAUGAAGACCAUGCUUUUGGCAUUCGGAUUGAGAAUCUCCUUUAUGUGGAAGAAAUUGACACACCAAAUCGUUUUGGAGGAAUAGGAUAUAUGGGGUUUAAAAAGCUCACAUUUGUUCCCAUACAGGCGAAGUUGGUUGACUUAUCUUUGCUCUCUGUUACGGAGAUUGAUUGGCUCAAUAAUUACCAUUCACAAGUUUGGGAGAAGGUUUCACCGUUGGUGGAUGGUUCUGCGCGCCAGUGGCUCUGGAACAACACACGCCCGCUUGUCAAACUUUAGAUUCUAUGGAGUGUUUGAUCUGUGUCAAGUUGUUUGUACAUAGAACAAGGAAUUAUAUUUAUUUAUUUAUUUAUUUUCAAAUCAUAAUUGUAUACAGUUUUACAUUUAAAGAAUUAAUUAUGUUGAAUUAAACUUAUUUAGAAAAAUUAGGGGUAAGCUGUAACUGUUUAUAAGGGGAUUCCCUUGUCAAUAUGUGACAUCCAUGGGCGUUUGCGAUUGGUUUUU